UCAAGCACCUGGAUGCAAAAGAAUCAGUGUGCAGCUGGACUGUGAUGUGGAGCUAAAUAGAUCUGCAAAUGCAUGGAAGCCUGGUCUGAAGUUGGCGGUUGAGGAUCCAGAGGCCCAGAAAACUGAGAUUACCGUCAAAGAUCCCAAGCAGGGCAGGAAAGACAUUAUGGAGGCCAUAUUUUCAGGGACCUGGAAAUUAAGCCCACCUGAACCACUGCAGCCAGAAGUCUCCUUCGGCCUGCAAACGGAUCCCAGUGUGGGAGCCUCCAUGCCUGCCUCAGCAGUUGAGGCAGAAGAACCCUCUGGCACCUUUGCUGAGUGUGAGCCAGAGAGUUCAGUGCAGCCCUUACCAUUGAGCCUUUUUGCUUCAGGUCAGCCUGAAGAGGCUCCGAUAGAGAUGGUAGAAUUCUCAGGCCCCUCAGCUGAGUCUGAGCCUGCACCAGAGCCAGAGAGCUCAGAGCCGCUCUCAGCUCUGAGCCUGUAUGUGUCUCCAGCCCAGCCCAAGAAGGCAGCUGUAGAGGCAGAACACUUCUCUGGCCCCUUACCUGAGCCCGAGCCCUCAGGUCCAAGCAUGUCCACUUCCCCUGCCCAGCUUGAGAUGACAGCAGUAGAGGCAGCAGAACCUACAAGCCCCUCUGUGCUGAUCACACCACCAUCUGCAGAGAGCAAGAGGAAAUAUGAUAGAGAUUUCCUCUUGAGUUUACAGUUCAUGCCUCAAUGUCUGCAGAAGCCAGAGGGUCUUCCAAAUUAUCCUGUUAUUUUGGACAAGGCGAAUGAAUGUCAACUGCCCAUGUGUCCAGUGGAUUGGCCAACAAAGUCAAGAGGCCAAAAAUCUGGCUGUAAGAAAAGGCGUCAAGCACCUGGAUGCAAAAGAAUCAGUGUGCAGCUGGACUGUGAUGUGGAGCUAAAUAGAUCUGCAAAUGCUUGGAAGCCUGGUCUGAAGUUGGCGGUUGAGGAUCCAGAGGCCCUGAAAACUGAGAUUACCGUCAAAGAUCCCAAGCAGGGCAGGAAAGACAUUAUGGAGGCCAUAUUUUCAGGGACCUGGAAAUUAAGCCCACCUGAACCACUGCAGCCAGAAGUCUCCUUCGGCCUGCAAACGGAUCCCAGUGUGGAAGCCUCCAUGCCUGCCUCAGCAGUUGAGGCAGAAGAACCCUCUGGCCCCUCGGCUGAGCGUGAGCCAGAGAGUUCAGUGCAGCACUUACCAUUGAGCCUUUUUACUUCAGGUCAGCCUGAAGAGGCUCCAAUAGAGGUGGUAGAAUUCUCAGGCCCCUCAGUAGAGUCUGAGCCUGCACCAGAGCCAGAGUGCUCAGAGCCGCUCUCAGCUCUGAGCCUGUAUGUGUCUCCAACCCAGCCUGUGAAGGCAGCGGUAGAGGCAGAACACUUCUCUGGCCCCUUACCUGAGCCCGAGCCCUCAGGUCCAAGCAUGUCCACUUCCCCUGCCCAGCCUGAGAUGACAGCAAGAGCAAGAGGAAAUAUGAUAGAGAUUUCCUCUUGA